UUUUUUUACAAACAGAUUGUUAUUGUCCGUGACCUAGCGCUGUCGGGACACAUUGAUAAAUACGCCCCAUUUAAUAGCUUCAGUCGUUCAGACAAGCUCGGCCGGCGAACUUGUGUACAAUGAAGCUAACAUUUAUUCUGUUUACAUUAGUUCUCAUAACGAUCUGUGAAGCCCGAUACACAGAGUCGUUCACGCAUAAUAUAGUGGAUACUAUUACAAACAAAACCUCUCAGUUCACCAACUACGUGAAGGCAAAAGGACGAAGCUUGAAGCAAUUUUAUGUGGACAAUGUAAAGAAUAAGAUCACGUCUUACUUGGGCUGGGCGGGCAAGAAUGAAACCAUCGACGUUGGCAGCGACGUUGAGAGAGCUAACAGGAGAUUUAAAGGCUAUCUGGAUGAAGCUGAAGCGAAUAAUCAAAUCGUUUUUGACGCUAUCGCACCCGAGAAAGCUGAAUACAACUACAACGAUGAUGAUCCAACGAUCCACAUGACUACGCCUCAGCUGAUAGCGGCCAACGGGUACCACUCCGAGUCCCAUACCAUCGUGACCGACGAUGGGUAUAUUCUCACCGUGCACAGAAUUCCCUACUCCAAGAAAGAUGAAAAUAAGGUGGUCCCCAAGAGAACAGUGCUGUGCCAUCACGGGUUACUAGGAAGCUCCGUAGAUUGGGUCAUGGCGGGGCCUGAAAAGGGAUUAGGAUACAUUCUGUCUGACGCCGGCUACGAUGUUUGGCUCGCUAACGUCAGAGGCAACACCUACUCGAGAGCACACGUAUCGCUGAACACUGAUACGUUCCAUUUCUGGAAUUUUACCUUCCACGAGGUGGCUCAACACGACCUACCAGCGGUUAUUAAUUACAUAAUGGAUCUCAAAGGCAAAGACGCGAAAAUCGACUACAUCGGACAUUCAAUGGGAACUACCAUUCUUUUCGCGCUCCUGUCCACAAAGCCGGAGUAUAAUGAUAUAUUGAGGGCUGGAUUCGCUUUAGCUCCAGUGGCAUAUAUGACUGACAUCAGAAGCCCUAUUAAUCUUCUAGCGAGAUACAGCAGCAACCUGGAAUAUCUUUUGAAACUUCUCGGUGCGAACGAGUUUUUACCUCAAAAUUCUGUUUUGCGCUGGCUAUCUAGACACGCCUGUGAGAUAAACCACUGGGAGGAAGCUAUCUGUGAGAAUUCCUUGUUUGUGAUCUGUGGGCAUGACUCCAAGCAGUUCAACAAAACUCUAUUGCCAAUGAUUCUAGGCCACACGCCGGCCGGUGCUUCCACAAAAACGUUGGUGCACUACGCUCAAGAAAUUCGCAAUGCGGGGCGCUUUCAGCAGUUUGACUACGGAGAGGAUGGGAAUUUAAGAGAAUAUGGGACUGAUACACCCCCGGCUUAUCCUCUUCAUAAAAUAACCUUACCCGUGGCUCUGUUUGGGGCUCUAAACGACUGGUUGGCGAGUGACAAGGACGUAACGGAACUGUACGUCCAACUGGCUAACCCCAUCGAACAUUACAUUGUGCCAUUGAAGGAAUUUAACCACAUAGACUUUCUGUACGCUAUUGACGCACCCACACUUGUGUACGACAAGCUCCUGCAGUUGAUGAGAAGGGAUUUAGGGAAAUUUCGUAUUUAUAGUGAACCAGUUGUUCAAAAUUACCUGUAAUUAAGUAACGACAGACGACAGUGAUAGUUGUACUUAUCUCAAAGCUUUAAUCAUUAAUUUUGUGUAAUAAAUUGUUGCUAAGUAAUAA